AUUAGGAAAACCCUAACUAAAUUCCAUUAUUAAUUUCUUUUAUAAUCCCUUUCUCUUGACAUUGACUUCUCUCUCUCGAUUCUUCUUCUCCAGUUUCAAUCAAACUCAAUUUCUUCUCAACGAACCCUAAUUUCCAACAAAUCGGAUUCAGUUUCUUCUUCGGGUAUGUUUCUUCUCACCAAUAAAUUCGAGAUCUUUUAGGGUUUUCUGGGUUUGUUUCUCCCCCGAUCUAGCAGACGAUCGAGUUUAUUAAUUAUGAUCUUUGCUUGCUUGAAAUUCGCAGAGACUAAUCGAAUCGCAAUGGCUAAGAGUUCCUUCAAGAUCUCUAACCCUCUCGAGGCAAGGAUGAGUGAAUCUUCUCGAAUCAGAGAGAAGUACCCUGACAGAAUUCCCGUGAUUGUGGAGAAGGCUGGACAAAGUGAUGUUCCUGACAUUGACAAGAAGAAGUAUCUUGUACCAGCUGAUCUAACAGUGGGACAAUUUGUAUACGUGGUUCGUAAAAGAAUCAAGCUUGGAGCUGAGAAAGCUAUUUUUGUCUUUGUUAAGAACACAUUGCCUCCAACUGCUGCAUUGAUGUCUGCGAUCUAUGAAGAACACAAAGAUGAGGAUGGGUUCCUCUACAUGACUUACAGUGGAGAGAACACUUUUGGAUCUCUUACCGUUGCUUGAAUAAAAAUCGAUCUUUGGAUGACUUUGAUGUACAUACAUAAAUCAGGAAGAUAAAGAUGUACAUUGCUUCCUUCUUUUCUCUGGCUUUUAACUUUGCUUUGGAUGUUUGGAUAUCUUUCCCUUUGGGUUUAUUAAUCGUCAGAAACUUCUCCUUUUCUUACUUUCCUCUUUUGCUUUUACUUAAAUAACAUUGAUUUUGGGGCUAAUGAGUAAUGAGUCACUUUC